AUGCUAUGUGCGCAUCACUUCAGGCACUCCUCCACUGCCCAUGCACUCUGCAUGCCCACUCAUCCCCCCUUCUUCUGUCUGCAUCGCGUGGCCACUCCUUUAUCUCUGCUGCACCAACCUUGUGAUCUCUCUGCUGAUGGUGGUCUUGUUCCGCGGUGGGCUGUCCCUUCUACCUCACCACCACCACCUAAGCCUUCUGGUUCUGUCACUCCACCUGUCGGUGUGGUGGCCGCUGCCAUUGCUGUUGCGCUUACCUCACUGCUCUUUGUGUAG